UUUAUCAUUGCGACAGACAGACACAGCUUGCUUUUGCUCAAACCAAUUUUUUUUCUCAAUCCGUUCAAUAUACAACCCAAUUAAUUGAGAAUGGGUCAACGCGGAAAGGUAAGCUUUUUCUUUCUUUCUUCCAAUUGAAUAAUCAAAAAUAUCUAACAAUCAACAGGGAGGUCGUGGCGGCAGAGGACGAGGACGAGGUGGCAGAAGCGGGGGAAGAUCGAGGGAUCAUGGAGUUGAUAAUCGAUGUAGCUUUGAGAGUGUUCCAAAAUCUAAUGAAAAAUUCGAGAGAUACUACAAUGGACUUUUGAAUUUGGAGGAGGAAGAGAAGGAGGAGUUUUGGGGAGCGUUGAAGAGAGAGUUACCGAAUAGUUUUCGAUUUGCGGGGUCAAAAGGGUAUGUCACUCAAUUAUCUACACUAUGAUCUCAUAUGAUUCGUAUUUCUAUCUUUACCUUUCUAACAAUUAUAGUCAUGCACUGGCAGUACAGAAGCAAUUAAAAGAACGAUACAUUCCUGAAAUUUCGGCCAUUAAGCAAUUCGAUGGUAGACCUGUUGAACCUCCAACCCCAGUUCCAUGGUAUCCAGAUGAACUUGCAUGGUCGAUGAAGACUUCAAAAACUGUUAUCCGAAAAUCUCCUCCUUUUGCCAAAUUCCAAAAAUUCUUGGUUUCCGAAACGAGUGUAGGAAAUAUUAGCAGACAAGAGAUUGUCAGCAUGAUUCCACCUUUGGUUAUGGAUUUGAGACCUGGGAUGACAGUAUUGGAUAUGUGUGCUGCGCCAGGAAGUAAGGCGGCUCAAUUGUUAGAAAUGGUGCAUCAUGGAGAGGAAACCAGGGUUCAGGCGGUUUUAAAAGGAGACGGAAGCGCAAACGCGGAAUUAGAACUCGAUCCAAGUGAUGAUGGAAGAGCUACGGGUUUAUUGAUCGCUAAUGAUGCCGACUACAAAAGAAGUCAUAUGUUGAUUCAUCAACUUAAACGGCUUUCAUCCCCCAAUCUCAUCGUCACUAAUCAUGAUGCUACCAUGUAUCCAUCAAUUAAGCUCCCACCUACGCCAGAAAACCCGGCAACGAAUCGAUACCUUAAAUUUGAUAGAAUUUUGGCCGAUGUGCCUUGUUCUGGAGAUGGUACAACUAGAAAGAAUGUUAAUUUGUGGAAGGAUUGGAAUCCUGGUAACGCACUUGGACUUUAUAUCACUCAAGUUCGAAUUUUGGUCAGAGCUCUUCAGAUGCUCAAGGUGGGUGGACGUGUUGUCUACUCUACUUGUAGUAUGAAUCCUAUCGAGAACGAAGCGGUUGUUGCUUCUGCCAUUGAAAGGUGUGGUGGCCCCGAAAAGGUUAAAUUGGUAUCUAGCGAUGAUCAAUUACCUUUACUCAAGAGAAGACCAGGUUUAAAGACUUGGACUGUCAUGGACAAGAAAGGUCGCGUUUGGAAUUCUUGGGCUGAAUUGCAAAAGUACAUUGCAGAGAAUGGUCAGGAUGAUUGGACUGGUAGAUUGGUUGAGGGAAUGUUUCCACCAACCGAUGAAGCUAUGUCAAGUGUUCCUUUAGAUCAAUGCAUGCGUGUUUAUGCCCAUUUGCAAGAUACUGGUGGUUUUUUCAUUACAAUUUUGGAGAAACAAUCGGAAUUCAAGGCAAAGCCAGAAUCUGACAAUAAGAAGAUCGCACCAAAACCUCCCAUCACAGCGAUUGUUGAUGAGAUCGAAUCUGCUCCCACUCCAAAGGAUGGUGAAAGCGUCGUACCAAAAAUUGAGGCAGCAGAUGAACUUACUCACCCUACCUCAACCACUCUCGAAGAAGUCACACCUGUAGCACGUCAAAAUCAGGAGCAGUAUGGAUCUGAUGCAACCCAUACCGUGGGUUCUAAGCGUCCUGCUUCAGAAAUCGAAGAUCCUGAAGUUGACGGUGCUACUGAGAACAAAAAGAUAAAGACAGAAGGUCGCACAGAACAUUACCCACCACCAGCAGGUGCAGAAUUAGAUCUCAUAACCCGGCCAGGUGAUCAACGAUCCGAUUCAAAACCACCAAAAAUUUCCAACAAAUAUGGUCAAAAUCAAGCAUAUGAAGAGGCAUUCAAAUAUAUUCCUGGUGAUCACCCUCAGGUUCAAGAAAUUGAAUCAUUCUACAGACUGAGUGAAAGAUUUCCAAGAGAUAGAUUCUUGGUCAGAAAUGCCACCGGUGAACCCGCUAAAACAAUUUACUACACCACUGCAUUGAUCAGAGAUAUCUUGACCGAGAAUGAUGGCAAAGGAAUUAAAUUCAUCCAUGGUGGUGUGAAGAUGUUCAUGAAACAAGAUGUACAGGGUGAGGGCGUUUGCAGAUGGCGUAUUCAAUCGGAAGGUAUGCCAAUUCUUCAGGGUUAUGUUGGAGAGGGAAGAAUCGUCAAUUUGUCCAAGAAGGAAACACUUCGCACUCUCUUAAUCGAGAUGUUUCCUAAAGUUUCAGGUGACUCAUGGAAAGAACUUGGAGAGAUUGGAGAAAGAGUCAGAGAUAUUGGAAUGGGAUGUUGUGUUUUGAGAAUCGAACCUGGUGAAGGUGAAGAUGCUUUUACCGAGAAAAUGGUCCUUCCUUUAUGGAGAAGUCUGCAUUCACUUAACUUGAUGUUGGCAAAGGAGGAUAGAAGUGCAAUGUUAUUGAGAAUUUUCAAUGACACCACUCCAUUGGUUAAUAAUUCUAUUGGGGCUCAAAGGGAGGCGGAACUUAAGAAGGAAGGAGAAAUCAAGUCAGAGGUUGCUCCAGGAUUCAAAGUUGAGGAUGAAGAGAUCAAAGUUGAUGUUGAUGGUGGGUUAGAAGGUGCUGGUGCUAUUAUUAUAAAAAGAGAAGAUCAAAGAGAUGGCGAUGUGCAAAUUCGAGAGGGACCUUACGAUACUUUGGUUGCGGGUGUAGAGCAAGUGGCUAAUAGAGGAAUGGAUGUUAAAGCGGUGAAGAUUGAAAAGGGUGAGGAAACUGGUGGAUCAGAAGAACAACUUGAUGGUAUGGAUGGGAUUGAGGGACAGCAAGGUGGUGUUGCUUAGACUUGAGAAGGAAUUGAUGAGUGCAUGGAUAGAUUGAUACGGAUGGCUAAAUUGGCGUUUUAAUGGCUUGUAUAAGUUUCAAGCUGGGAUCCGGAGACUGAAUCGUGAUACAUACAUUUAAAAUCGGAUUACUCAUUUGACAUUGUAGGUUUCUCUUUGUACUCGUAAUCAGUGUGAGAUUCUUGCUAUGGGAAGAAAGGUCUAGAUCAUUCUCAUCCAGUCAAUCCUAAGCGAGCUAGUGAAUUAAACUUUAGGUCUUAUAAGCCGCUGAUUUAUCUUUCAUCUUAUAUAUAUUCGAUAAUAUUAUAUUUUGCUUAUUAUAUAC